AUGGACAAAGAAGUUAUCGACUAUUUGGACUUGAAGAACAUCACAAUCACAACGGCGGAGGCGGAGCCGAUUUGCGGAGAGGUGAGAUUUCACAAAAAUUUUUGUAUAUCUUGUAGCGACAGCUAGGGCAACAAAAUCGCAAACAGAAAAAUAAUUCUGUCGGGAAAAUAAUGAUCACAAUAUCGCUGAGGUCAAAAGCAACUUUAUUUUGUCGCGAUACAAUUCGUUUUCUCGGCGGCGAUGCCAUUUUCCAUGCAACAAAGUGCUCAUUAUUUUCCCGACAGACCGCAACAGCCCUUUCCAAAUAUCAAUUAUUAGACCAGCCACAAUAUUAGGGAAACCGCGAGUGUCCCUUUGCAGAAAUUUCAAUCCGAUUUUUAGUCAGUCUGUCGGGAAAAUAAUGUGGAUUUGUCGGGCUUGGAAUCGCCCAUCAUCGCUUUGCGACGGCAAGGGGCGCCAGGAAUUAGUUGCGCGACUACAACGAGGCGAGAAAUUUUACUGCGACAUAUACACAUUAUUUUCCCGACAGACUGAUAUUUGUAAGCAUGUAAAAUGCUAUGAUUUUUUUCCUAUUGUAAUGAGUACAGUAGACAAAGAAGUUUGUUUUUGACAUUUCGUUCCCAAGCCGUAAAAAGCCCGGUUCGAAACUAACAGCGUUCCUUUAUACCAUAUAUUACAUACCAUUUUAAAAAUUAUGCCAAAUUAAUAUUAUUUUCAGUACGAACAAUACACAUUGAUCCGCUUCAUGCUCCUCAGCUUUGCAUCGAUAAUUGCGUUGGCUGGAAUGCUGGGAAACGCCUUCCUCGUCAUGUUCUUCACCACCAGAAAGCUGCCAAACACACCGCCCACGUUGUAUCCGGGAGUAUUGGCGUUCCUGGAUUGGUGUAUGUGCGUCAUGUACAUUGCGUUGUUUGGAGCUGACGCUGCCGUGGUAUACUUGAAUAGCAAGGUAAGAUGGCAGAGAAUGUUUUUGUAAGAGAUCUGCAACAGGCUAGCGGGGUUUUGAGAGCCCUGAUCCAAUGGCAAAAAACGUACCAUUUUGCAUCCAGGAAGUAUAAAAAAUGUGGCAAAAUGCUUCCAUCUCGAAGUGAAAAAACUCCGAUUUCAAAAGCGUCCCCGUGAGGGAAAGGGUGCGCCCUUCAAAACGAAGUUUUUUCACUUGGAGAGGGAAGCAUUUUGCAACAUUUUUGAUGCUUCCUGGAUGCAAAAUGGUAAAUUUUUAGCCACUGGGUCGGGUCCGUCACUGUACAGGGUGUUUCAAGAAAUUCCUCGGAAAGUCGUCGUCGAUUUCUCGGCGCUCAGCCACGAUAUCCAAAAAAUUUUUUUUGCAGUAGAAAGAAUGUAGUGGGCGGUUUUUUGCCUAAAAAGAUUUUUUCUACGCCGACGCGGAAUGCAGUGUAUUCGGCGGAGACAUUUGAUAGCUUUUUUGCCAAUCCCACUUAUCUCAAACGCUUUAUUACGAAUUUUGACGGUUCAAAAGAGGAUGAAUCUUGACGAUUGAAGGAGGUUUUGCAUAUUUCUAUGUUUUUCAAGCAUUCCGCGAAGGUAUGGCGGACGCUUUCCAUAUCGGCGGAGGCCAUAACUCAUCUUCGGACAAAGACACAGAGCUGGGAAAUGGCUCGAAAUGAUUCCUGUGCUCUGGUUAACACCAUCCUUCAUCAUUUCUUAUGAAAAUCAAAUUUAUUCUCAGUUUGGCGGAGGAAUCGGCGGAGGCCAUAACACAUCUUUCGUUAAAGAUACAGAGCUGGGGAAUUGCUCAAAAUGAUUCAUGCGCUCCACACUGGGGUUAGUCAGAGCACAUGAGUCAUUUUGAGCCAUUCCCCAGCUCUGUAUCUUUGUCCGAAGGUGAGUUAUGACCUCCGCCGAUUCCUCCGCCAGAUUGAAAAGAAGUGUGAUUUUCAUAAGAAAUGACGAGGGAUGGGGUUAAUCAGAGCACAUGAGUCAUUUUGAGCAAUUCCCCAGCUCUGUAUCUUUGUUCAAAAAUGUGUUAUGGCCUCCGCCGAUUCCUCCGCCAAACUGAGAAAAAAUUUGAUUUUCAUAAGAAAUGAUGAAGGAUGGUGUUAACCAGAGCACAGGAAUCAUUUCGAGCCAUUUCCCAGCUCUGUGUCUUUGUCCGAAGAUGAGUUAUGGCCUCCGCCGAUAUGGAAAGCGUCCGCCAUACCUUCGCCGAAUGCUUGAAAAACAUAGAAAUAUGCAAAUCCUCCUUCAAUCAUCGAGAUUCAUCCUCUUUUGAACCGUCAAAAUUCGUAAUAAAGCAUUUGAGAUAAGUGGGAUUGGCAAAAAAGCUAUCAAAUGUCUCCGCCGAAUACACUGCAUUCCGCGUCGGCGUAGAAAAAAAUCUUUUUAGGCAAAAAACCGCCCACUACAUUCUUUCUACUGCAAAAAAAAUUUUUUGGAUAUCGUGGCUGAGCGCCGAGAAAUCGACGACGACUUUCCGCGGAAUUUCUUGAAACACCCUGUAUUACUCUCCGCAAAAAGAAAACCCGCUCUGCAAAAUUCUACCGACGUCAUAGCGCGAAUAGUAUGACGUUCAAAUCUAUUACAUCUUCUCUUAUUUCAGACACUAUUCCUCAUCUAUCACGCAUAUGUCGUCCCGGCCUUUGUUGUGGCACGAAUCACCCAACUCGCCAUCCCGUACAUGCUGAUUUUUGCGACGUUGGAGAGAUAUGUCUGGAUCACCUCACCAUUGUAAGGACACUGCUUUGUUGUGACAUUACUAGUCCUUCCGGAAGUCGCGGGAGUAAUUUUUGGCGUCUGUACUGUGCGAAAAAGUGAGGCUGCAAGCGACAUCCGAAAAAGUCUAUUGCACGGUGCAAAAAGCAAUAAAUUGGACAGUGCAAAGAGAAAUUCUGUUUUCACACAGUGAAUGUCGAGAAAUUCACUACAGCGACUUUUCGGAAAGGCUUGUACCUACAUAGAGAUCACCACGGCCAAAAUUUCGGCUUGGGCUCUCUUAGCUCCCAGAGCCGGAGCCGAGGCCAAACUUGCGGCUUCGGCUUCCGGUUCCCCUGUAAAAUUUAAAAAGUCUCCGGCUCCGAUACCGCCUCCAGUGCAAAAGUUUUUUAAAAAAAAAUGUUUUUUCAACAAUACAAGUUAUUAAUGCCAGAGAUGACAUACCCAAGGUUUUUGAGCCAACUCAUAAGGACACAACACAUCCUUCCCAGUAUUUUUCAAACUAUUGGUUUAACAAGAUCACCAAAUUUUUACUUUACUGGACGCUGAGGGGCCUGGCUUCCGACUUAAAGACGAAGCCGCUCAGAGCCGGAGCCACCGGAGCCGUGGCAAUCUCUGCUUGUACCUACAUGUUUGCUCUAUAUUCUGCGCUAUUAUCGCUAACUUCCCCCUCAUUCCAGAGCAAACCGAAUCCUCAAAAAAAUGUUCAGCCGUCGGGGCCGCUACAUCACCAUGCUAACGACCUUGGCGAUUUGCGUCGCGCUCCGCCUGCCGCUCGGCUGGUCGAUCAUUGUGUACGAGUUCCCCGACUGUCCCGAUUUUUUCCGCACCAAAAUGGCGAACGUGGCGGAGUGGGCGAGCGAGUCGUACAUGUAUCACGUCUACGACUUCCACAUUCUCGGCGUCGCGCAAACCUUCCUGCCGUUCGUCGUUCUGGUCGUGCUGAACGUGAUGGUGGUGCGGAAGAUGAUCCGCGUCCGCAGCCAGAGCACCGCGCCCUCGGCGAGGAUGUCGAUUUCGGUGGAGGCGAGCACUCCGUUCUGCACGACGCCCAGUCCGUCCGAAUGCUCGGGCGCGAAGGCGGAGUUGGCGACGAAUGGAUUUUCGUCGCUGCUUGUGCCGUCGUAUGCGUAUAGCCGGAAUGCUAGUAUUGCUACUGGUAAGUUGCCCUCAAGUUAUGGGUUGAUCUCUAUACAGUGCGUCCCAGGUUUUUGGUUCCACCCCAUUUUUUGAUCAUAUCUCUGGGGGUUUUUUUCUCAAAUGCCAUGAAAUUUUACACAAGUGUUAACCAACCUUUGAGAAUAAGCUAUGCGAAGUUUCAUCCCAAUUGGCUUCAGUACUCUGACGUUAUGGCGAUUUUUUAAAAUUUUGGGUGUCCCAGGUUUUUGGUUCCACGUGGAAAUUUGCGAGUUUUUUGGUCCGGUUUUGAACCAACCUGCUCUUAAUACUAUUCAUCUUGUACUCUGUAGUAUUAGAAAGGGUAUUACAUUCAUAUCUGCCGUACUUUUUCGACGGAGUGGCCCCACGAGCCAUCUCCGACCUUGUACAUCAGGUAAACAUUGGUUUAAAAAAAAAAUUCCGAUUAGUGAUUUAUUUCCCGCAAGAAACAACUUAGACUACUUGUACCAAAUGCAAGAUGUAAAACAAACCGAUACCGAUUAGUUUGAAGUCAUUUAAUCGACCUUUUAAGUCAUUUAAGCUACCGUUUACCUUCUACAGUAACCUUCAAAGGCCCUAAAAGCACAGAAAAUUACUAUCUAUGGGAACUUUUUGCCCCGAAAAUCAAACUCAGCAUGUUAAUAAACCUAUAGCUGUAUCUUAUUUCUUGCUUAAAUGUUCUAUCUGCCGCAGGUGGUUGGUUCAAGGAAAAAUGGGUAAAAGCAAGCCUAUUUUGGCCUAUUUUUUUGUAGAACGAACUUUACAGACCCGAUAUAUUCUGAAACGGCUAAUGAUUGUAGCAUUACGUUUUCAGGCACGCUGCGUUCAAAUUUGCAUAUCAAAUUUUGUGAUUCUCGUCCAUUCCUCUUGGUAAUACGGGGUAUAAAGUGUUACGGUAGCUACUUCUUGAAGAUGAUAUGCCAAGAAAAUACUCGAGAUCAUUGAUCAAGCUACUUUUUUUCGUUAAGUAGAUGCACACUGUAUAAUUUAACAGCAUUGGCAAGUUUAAUGCCCAAAAAACAGCCUGACUGACAUUUUUUUCAAAACCAAUCUUUAUCUCAUGUACAAGGUCGGAGAUGGCUCAUAGCGCCACUCCGUCGAAAAAGUACGGCAGAUACGAAUGUAAUACCCUUUCUAAUACUACAGAGUACAAGAUGAAUAGUAUUAAGAGCAGGUUGGUUCAAAACCGGACCAAAAAAACUCGCAAAUUUCCACGUGGAACCAAAAACCUGGGACACCCAAAAUUUUAAAAAAAUCGCCAUAACGUCAGAGUACUGAAGCCAAUUGGGAUGAAACUUCGCAUAGCUUAUUCUCAAAGGUUGGUUAACACUUGUGUAAAAUUUCAUGGCAUUUGAGAAAAAACCGCCAGAGAUAUGAUCAAAAAUGGGGUGGAACCAAAAACCUGGGACGCACUGUACAGUGAGGGUCCUGAUCCAGUGACAAAAAAGGUAUCAUUUUGCAUCCGGGAAGUAUCAAAAAUGCGGCAAAAUGCCUCCCUCUCCAACUAAAAAAUCAGUUUUGAACUGCCCUCACAAAAAGAGUAGGCGCGCUUUUGAAAUCGGACUUUUUUCGCCUGUUGAGGGAGGUAUUUUGCCACAUUUUUUGAUGCUUCCUGGAUGCAAAAUGAUACGUUUUUUUUGCCACUGGAUCAGGUCCCCACUGUAAGUAGACCUUGUUUGUUGCCGUAUCAGUCUGUCGGGAAAAUAAUGAGUAUUCUGUCGCAUCGAAAAUCGCAUCGCCGCCGAGAAAAUGAAUUGCGUCGCGGCAAAAUCAAAUUGCUUUUCACUUCAGCGACAAAACAAGCCCAGUGGCAUUGUGCUAACUAUUUUCCCAAAAAACUGAUUACACCUUGAAAUAACGAGUAUUCUCUACAAUUUUUCAUCUUUUUCAGGCCAAUACGACAUGGGAUCCAUCUCAGCCGGCCGGCCAAUGUCCAGAAAGACCGACAGAGCAGUGCGAGCCGCAAUUUAUACAAUGCUGGGGAUUGUAAUGUCCUACUUGGUCAGUAACUCGCUUCAUCUUGUGUUGACCAUCCUUGAACGGUAAGAAAUAGGAUUUAUACUAUUUUCUCUUUGGGUCUAUUUACCCCGAGGUCUAGGCUUUGAUUUUUUAAGGUGGGCAGGAUUAAGCAAUAAUAAAACUGCUUUUUUGGCCGUUUUAUUCAGCGGCCAAUUCCAAAAAAAUCAGACUACAAUGAGGGACCUAGUCCAAUGGCAAAAACGUACCAUUUUGCAUCCGGGAAGUGUCAAAAAUGUGGCAAAAUGCUUCCCUGUCCAAGUGAAAAAACCUCGUUUUGAAGGGCGCGCCCUUUCCCUCACAAAAAAGAGCGAGCGCGCCUUUGAAAUCUGAGUUUUUUCACUUGGAGAGGGAGGUAUUUUGCCACAUUUUUUCGAUACUUCCUGGAUGCAAAAUGGUACGUUUUUGCCACUGGAUCAGGCCCCACCUGUACAAAUUCCCACUUUCAAGUCUUACUCCUCCACUUUCAGAUCCGGCUCACCCCUUCUAAUCGACGUUGAAGACCCGGCGCGCGCCUCAACCUUCCACACAUACUUCUCGGACAUGGUAUCCUUCGUCUACAUGUUUACGAGUGGCGCGCGUGUGCUCAUCUACGUGAUGUGCAACCCGACGAUCCGAAAGGACAUUUGUCGACUAUUAUGCGAUGUGUUCGCCAAAUUCCAUAAAGCGCAGCUCAAGCAGAAUGCUGCGGAUGGCCCCACAAUGCUGUAG